CACCACCUCACUGAUACAUACCUGUACCUAUUACAUUCCUCAGCUGCGCUUUCUCAGUUCAGCACUUCUUCGCUCCCGACAGUCACUACUAGCAGGCAGCUCACGCAGCAACAAUAGCAUUGUUGCUGUCUAGCAGCUCGCCAUCACCAUGCCUGACCAACCAUACCUAUACGAACCGGCGCAUGGCUCGCGCAACUCGAUCGCUUAUCCCUACUCCGACUUCAAUCCAAGAGCAGCCACGCAGGCACACUAUCAAGCAUUCGCGGAGAGAGCUGAAAGGCAGAAACGACAGUCCCAGCAGGCUGGACGACCGCUCAUCAAUUUCAACCAGCAUCCUGAUAGCUAUAUGGUGGUCAAUAACCCGCAAGUUCACCACGAGCCAUUACCACCUAGUACGAAGGCGAAGAUCGUCUGGACCAGAUGGGUGCAAUUCGCGUUGAGAGUGAUUCAAGAGCUGGGGGCGAUAGGAAUCUUGGUAUGCGUGAUUUGUCUCAAGAUGAAGAACAAUGGACCUAGCUGGGUCAUUCGAGUUCCAGUCGCGUGGGACAUGGUCAUCACCACGUACGCAAUCUACCAUCUGCUACGACCCGCCAAAGGUCGUACUCCCAACAGCAGUAGUAGUUACCACUUUUUCGCGUUGUUCAUGGACGUCGGGUUGAUUCCAUUCUAUGUGUUUAUCGCUCUAUAUGCCAACCAGAACUACAACAUGCAGGUGGACGACUCCAGCCGGUGGACAAGCUUCUUCACCACGAACUUCGCAACCACAACGGUCAUCUUCACAACCUUCGUUGCCAGCAUCGUUGUGGGAGGUCUCCAUCUGGUCAGCAUCGGUCUUGACAUUUAUCUGAUCAUGAUCUUCCGCAAGAUCGCCAGUCUACCUCCAGAUAUGAACCCACUCGAGGAUAACUUGACCGGCAGCACUCGCCGCAAGUCCAUGAAGCACAAACACAAGAACUCGGAGAUGACGGUAUCGUCAGUGUCAACAAACAUGUCGGAGAAGAAGGCAGGAUAUUACAGUGGUAGUACUUUGAAUGUUUCGCGAACAUCGAUUGCGAAAGAUCCAGAAGCCAGAGUUGUCCCUUGGGAGCACAGCCGGAUGAAGUCAGACCACACAUAUUCUCCCCACAACCCAGACUCGGCGCGUUUGUCACGGCAACAGUUCGAUGAAGUGACUAUCCACCAGGGACCACAUUCGGCGAGGAGUUCGCGUGUAUCAGUUUCUGGUGGUGGGCAUAGAUCUCGCGCCGGCACCGUUGUGUCUCCUUCUGAGCAUGGAGCUCCGCUGUAUUUCGAUGACAUUCCUCCAGUCCCAGCAUAUACCGAUCGUCCGCGGUCCACUCAGGGAACACCGGAGCGGUUUGUAUCGGCGCCAUCACGAGAGGUUGUGCAAUCGCAGCAGAAGUCCAGUCUCCUGGAUGAUAGCUGGUAUGUUUCGGAUGGGGAUGCAUCGGACUUGGGCAGACAACGUCGAAGUGGCCAUGUGCGUGCUGAGAAACGUCAUACACGAACUCCAACGCUGCCAAACACCAAUCUCAAUGAGGCCGACUGUUUCGGGCCAUCGCAAGUCCAACCACUCAAGAUGAACCCCCCAACGCCGCCUGAUGCUGAGAGUGAGCUUGCAGCCACACUUGCACAGGAGAACAAAGAGAACCACGAACCCGUCGAGAUCGGAGUGGCUCGCAAAUUGACUGUAGCAUCCCAAGCUACCGUGACUUCAUCAGUCUAUUCAGAAUCUGCACCAUCACUGAUGACCUCAACCAUGACCAGCAACGGCAGACCAAAUAACAGCACACCGGGCAGGAAACAGUAUGGGGACCUGGCAUCCGCGACUCGUGGGAUCAGAAACGGAGCUGACCCAAACUCCACACAACCCAGUCGAGUGGUAUCUAGGUCCGGUGCAGAUAUUGCUGACAUGGACGUCUAUAGACUGAAUCAGCAGUCUGCCAGACGUCGAGAAGUCAGCGGCAAGAUCGCAGAGGAGGGACGCGGUGGAUGGAGCCACCCGACCACGAGACUCGGUGGAACAUUGAUGGCCUCUACUGCGACGACGAGUGAUCCUACGGACGACGACCCACCAUGUUACGUGCCGGCGAAAAGCAAACGAUAUUAUGCAAGCAGAAGGAAGAGCGUAAAAGAACGACGAGACCAGCGCAAUCAGCGCAAUGAUGCUCGAGGUGCUUCGUAUGGGGAAACAGGACCAGCGUGGCAUCUGGUCCUGAGUUAGGAUACUGGAUGGUUACAUACCUACCUCUCUAGUGUGAUGAGGAUUCAUGUAGA